UCUAUUUUAUUAGUGAUGGAUUAUAUACUAGAAGGUAUGUAUAUUUUUAUUAUAUAUACAUGAUAAAGUAAUUUUAACUGUGUAAAUUUAUAAAAGAAACCUACCCUCAUACGUCUUUCAAGGCGUAAUUUUUCUAACUUUCAAAGGUUUGUUGGAGGGUAACUAAAAACCCCCAGUCUACCCCAGUUUACUUUUUUUUUCUAGAGGUAGCUACAUAUUUUAGCUUUUAAAUAAUUUAUAUUUUUUUACCCCGAACACAGUCCAACAUGGUUUUAUUUUUAUUUUUCAGAAGUUACAUACAAACUUACUCGUAUUGAUUUUUUUCAAGAGUGGGUCAAAUUAGACAAAAAGGACAAAAAUAAUUUAAUGCUAAGGUAUAUAAAGCAGAAAUGGAGCUUGGAGGAUGUUGUAGAUACAUCAGAAAAAGAAAUUAAAUUAUAAAUAUCAAGAUUUUCGGCAAAAUUAACUGAAAAAUGGAAUUCUUGUCGAUUCGAUAAAAAAAGGAUGUUGGAGAAAAAUAAGACGUGGCUGGAAGGUGCAGACUUAGAGUUUAAGGUUGCUUUUCACAGACCACAGGCUUCCACAUCGGCACCGCUUAAGCUACAUCCUGGAAGACCGCCAAUAGAUUUCGAAAAUGCUUCUGAGAAAACUAAAAAACGCCGCGUAGAAGAACUCGUUAGUGAGCGUAGCGCAAGUGAGCUAACGUUAGCUGCUGAGAUAGCUCAUAGAAAGGCAGGAUUCAGGAAUGUAGCAAAAGCUAUUCGAAGUAGCAACAGCCCAGCCAAGGGUAACCAAUCCACGUCGGAAUCUUGUGUUGGUGGCAGACAAUUAAGUAGUGAUGAAGCUUUAGCGUAUUAUAUAGACUCUAAGUGCACCACUCACUCUUACAAGCAGACAAGGAAAUGGUCUAUGAAGGCGGGACAUAGAGUGUUUCCAUCAUAUUAUAGCUUAUGUAAGUCAAAAUUAUCUUGUUAUCCACUAGAGGAACACAUUUCUAUAACAGAAUCACGCGCGGACAUAAGGCUUCAAGCUAUUUUAGAUUUAACCACCAAUCGAUUAGUAAAAGUUCAGAAUGAAGUUAUUAGAAGUGUGCUCUCAAAAUCGUCGUCGUUCACAUUAGUCAGUAAAUGGGGUUGUGAUGGAAGUUCUGGCCACAGUACUUAUAAACAGAAAUUUGAAAACGUGGAAGCUACAGAUGAGUUUCUGUUUGUUUUUUCUUUUGUUCCUUUACAAUUAUAUGACGGUGAUAUCAUCAUUUGGCAAAAUCCUCGCCCGUCAUCGACCACCUACUGCCGACCAAUAAAGUUUAUUUUUGCUAAAGAAACAAAAGAACUUACAACUACAGAAACACAAAAAGUUUUGGAUGAAGUUUCUCAACUGCUUCCAACAUUAUGUAACGUUGCAGGUUCUCAAAUUUCUGUAAAUCAUAAGUUUCUUUUAACCAUGACGGACGGGAAAAUUUGUAAUGCGUUGACGGAUACACUAUCCGCUCAAAAAUGUUAUAUCUGUGGCGCCACACCCCUAAUGAUGAACGACGAAAGCAAGGAUUUUCCUCCCAAAGAAGAUAAUUUAAGUUUUGGUUUGUCUACACUACACGCAUGGAUCCGUUCCUUUGAGUGUCUCUUACACAUAAGUUAUCGCUUAGAUUUUAAGAAAUGGCAAGCAAGGUCAAAAGCUGAUAAGGAUCAUUUAAAAUUACGUUCCGAAAUUAUUAAAGAUAAGUUUAAGAAAGAGUUAGGUUUAAUUGUAGACAAGCCAAAACCGGGAUAUGGAAAUUCAAAUGACGGAAACACUGCCCGUAGGUUUUUUUCAAACGCAGCUCUAAGUGCUGAAAUUACGGGAUUAGACGUAGAUUUAAUUAAAAAACUCGGUAUUUUGUUAACAACUUUGUCUUCUGGUUAUGAUAUUGAUUUAAAUAAACUCGCGAAAUAUUGUUCAGAUAUAAAAACGCUUUAUUUAAGUCUGUAUUCGUGGUACUACAUGCCAGUUACUUUACACAAAAUACUUGUGCAUAGCACUGAAGUAGUCAAAUCUUCACUUCUUCCCAUAGGACAACUAUCGGAAGAAGCGCAAGAGGCUCGCAAUAAAGAUUGUCGUCGUUUCCGCGAGCACCACACUAGGAAAAGGUCACGUAUUGCCACGAACACAGACUUGUUGCAUAUGCUUCUAUUAACGUCUGAUCCUUUGAUUAAUACCCUUAGAGAAAUCCCUGUUAAAAGGUUGAAUAAAUUACCCGCAGAAGUUUUAGACAUGAUUAUCCCGCCUUCACAGCCACCAUUACAGGUACCAAGUAACCUUGAUCAUACUGAUGAAAAUUAUUUGAUACCUGAUUCAUCUGAUUCUGAAUGUGAGAGUGAUUAAUU